AUGGCUUUAUCAUGCUACCUGCCGGCAGAGAUACUGUCUGCACCAGAUUAUGCAGUGGGUUGGCUAGCAAUGCGAUCAACAAAGAAAAUACGCCAGCCGCUGAAUUUCGCGUUGGCCGCCACACUGUCGCGGCUUGCUCCUCGCUUGUCGCUCUUGAAGGUUUCGCCCUUAUUAGCUGCUGUUUCGACUGAUGCAGAUGCCAGACGCUUCUUUGUGUCAGCGUACGACAAAUUAUACCAAGGGUUGGGUGAUCGAGGACAAAACGCCUUGCGGCAGCUUGUUGAUGGACUCACAAAGUUCUGGCGCUUUGCAGAAGGUCCGAUUGACCGCUGUGGACUGGCGUAUUUUCUGUCCAGCAAGUUUUCCAACGUCUGCACCCUAUCAGCUGCCACGGUGGCAUCCAUGUAUGGCUUGGACUUGCCGGCAAUGCUGAGUUCCUGGGGGAUCUCUGCAGAUGCGCAGAAGGAUGCGGGCUUGCUAGCGAGUGCAGCCGUUCUCAAUAUUCCCUUUGUACCACUGCAUUUCUACGCCCCGGUGAAAGCUGUCUCUCUUCUGGAGGGCCUGGCUUCCAAAGCCUGGCAAGAGGCAUCAGACGAUUCAGGGCAGUCAAAAGAGAAGGAGAACGCCCUUGCAGAACUGUCUGCCGAGGACAAUGUGGCACCUGCGUCGAGCACCUCCAGCGAGGGCGAGGUGAAAGAGGAUGACAUUGAAGGCUUGACGAAGGAGGAGCUCACCCAGAGCAUCAUAUCCUUCGUUGCUUGUUUGGCAGCGAUCUUCGACAUCGCUGUAGCUGUGUACUUCAUGCGACGCCUUGAAUCGGUUCCUGAGACCUUUGAGCUGGCCAAGAUAGGCACUUUCUCCACCUGCUUCCCUUCGGCAUUUGGAUGUCCCCGCCAGGGACUGGCAGCGCCAUUUGUGCGAGGGCAGAUCCAGUUGGCACCCUGGAUGCAAAUGGCCGGCGGGCAUUUCUUGGCUGGCUUGGAGGCAUUUUCACAUGUGUGGGUCAUCUUUCUCUUCGACCAGAACAGACACAGUAGCACUUCGUUCGACUCGGCGAGCUCGUUUUUGAAGCCCACUGUGCGCCCGCCAUGGCUAGCAGGGGAAGAUGGUCGGCGGGGGACACGUGGUGUCUUUGCCACAAGGUCACCUCACCGACCGAAUCCUGUCGGCUUGACACUCUGUCGCCUGGACCGCGUGGACCAGGCGGGAGCUACAAUCUAUGUGAGCGGCGUCGAUGUGGUGGAUGGCUCUGCGGUGUUGGACAUCAAGCCGUAUCACCCGGUAGAUGCCGUUGGUCAAGCGACUCCAGUUGAAGAGGGCACAUGCAACAGACAGGAGCUGCGAUUUGCAGAUUGGCUUCCGGAACCCAAAGCAUCAGCAGAAGUUACUUGGAGUAGUGCAGCUCUUGAACAACUCGAAGAACUUCAGCAUCUUUGCAGGUUCUAUCCGGACUUUCGAGACUCGGAGGAGAAUGUCACUUCAAUGCUGCACACAUCAACCGCGAUGCAGCAGCUCCGAAUGGCAGUUGACGAAGUGAUCGGUUUGGACCCACGACCGCCACAGUCUCGACGGCAGUCUCCUUCGAGCCGUAGGAGUACCACGUCACUUAUAUGGGCCAUGGAUUUCGAUGGCCUCAGCUUUGUAUUUCGGCUUCUGCCAGGCGAAGGCUCAGCUGCAAGAUUCCAGGUCGUGCAAGUUCUUAGCCUGGCUGGAAGAGCAGCACGUCUUUCAAAGGAUUGGCUGCAGGAGCUUCAAGCUGAGAUGGAGGACAGCAGCUUCCAAGAUGAGCAUGCGCAAAACACGUGCUGGAUUGCCCCUUUCUGA